CUCCUCUCUCUCUCUCUCUCUCUCGUUCCUCGCUCCCUCACGCUUUCACACCGAUGAACACGCUGUGUGAUGAUUGCUACAUGUGGGCAACAGUAGAUAUCUCUACACAAGAACAGAGCCACGCUAAACCCGUCGGAUAAAGCAGUAUUUCCAGCCUGAAUCAAAGAGCUGUCAUCUACAACGGCAGUGAACUGUAAAGGCAAAUCAGCUCUUCACUUGUUCCUACAGUACAACCGACUGGAAGAAACUGCAUUGCAAGGACAUUCAGGCCAUGAAAACUAGACUAGGGUGCCUGUCUAACAAAUCAGACUCAUGCAGCGAUUUUUCAGAAUUCCUGCCUCCUGCUCAGGAGAGAUCCGCAAGAUACUUGAAGUUAUCCACUGAUGAAGUGCACUGGGUUGUAUUUAACCCAGCAUUUUUUAGAGUUAAGAUGCUUAUCCAUAAUCUUAUUCAUCUUUAUUUCAUAGAUGGUUUGGCAGCCUUCAGAACCUUCCUCAAAACAGAGUUCAGUGAUGAAAACAUCGAGUUCUGGUUGGCUUGUGAGGACUAUAAAAAGAUCAAAUCCCCUGCUAAGAUGAUGUCUAAGGCCAAUAAGAUCUACAAGGACUUUAUUGACGUUCAUGCGCCCAGAGAGGUUAACAUAGACCACAGGACCAGAGAGGAAACCAAACAGAGGCUUCUGGAACCAACUCCCAACAGUCUCGGUGAAGUCCAAGCUAAAGUGUACAGCCUCAUGGAGAAAGACUCCUAUCCUCGGUUUAUAAGAUCAAAGAUCUAUCAGGACUUACUGAACAGGACACAGAUAUACUGUCAAAGGAAAUCUGUUUAAAAGUGAAUGUUUUUUUUUUUGCUUGCCUGGUUAGAUUAUAUUGAGAUAUUGAGCAGACUUUAAUUGUAAUAUAUAGCAUAGUCUGUGUGUUUACAAAAUAAUUAGAUUAGAAUAAUCAAAUAAAAAAGUCAAAAGACAAACUAGUUCCUGCUAGUUUGUGCAUUUAAACUUAAACAUGACCCUGUACUGUGCUUCUUUGCCCAGUUCUAUUUGUAACAUGUGGCUAUAUUCUCUCCCUUCAAUUGUGAUAGAAUGGUCAAUGUUUCUUCUGAAUGCUGGCAUGCAUGUAAAUGUAAAUCAGUCUCUAAAUAGGUAAUAUGUAAGAAUAAAGUAUGAUAAUUUAUUUUUCUUAUCUUCAAUGUAACUUGUGUACACAUUAACACUGAUAUAUUUCGAUAAAACAACUUAAGACAUGCCUGCUGUGUUACUGCAUGCAGCCUCGGCCUUUGAACAUCUCUUAUUGAUUCCCUUUAAAUCUAAAUCUAAAAAUACUUUAAUCCCACACACAUACGCACACUGAAUAUAUUUUUUCUCUGAAG